AUGACUUUUGUGGUAUACACACCACAAUUGAGUGAAGAACAGACUUCACAACUAAACAUUGGUUCCUUCUUGCUAAUGAACCUGAUAUUAACUCCUAAACAAUCCCAAAUACCUCACCAAGAACAUACACCUGGUUCAGUAGCAAGAAGGAACCAAUGUUUGAUUAUGGAGUCUGUUCUUCACUUAAUUGUGGACCGCCAUAAAUACCUUAAGUCUCAUUCGAGUCUGACAGUAUAUGAUGUAUGGAAAGCUUGUGAUAUUACCCUGCCAUCGUGGAUGCCCGAGCCACCGACCAAUCCAUCCUCCACCCUUCCUGCUAUUUAUAUUCAUAAACUCCCACGUUUGGUCCCAAACUACAGGUCCGCAUCAUGUCUUAGAUAA